AAAGAAGGGGGGGGGGAGUAACUUAAUAACACAGUUUUACGCUUAUCACACGUCAGUCUCCUGUCAGUUAUUGCACAAGGUUACGACCAGAGUCAUUGCGCAAUGAUUCUGCAAAGAGAAUUACUAAACAAUAAUCAGAAUAAAAAAAACAUUUUUAUGCCGUACAUAAUGGAACGCUCGUUAUAUUCUGGUGUUCUUUUUAAAAUCUAACUGUGGCGGCAAAGUACUAGCAAUUUUCGCGUAAAAUGAGGAAUAAUAGUGAUUAUCAAGAUUUAGAUACAAGUGAAUUUCGGACUGAGAAAGAAACAAGACUUUUUAAAAAAGGAUACUCAAACAAAGCAUUUAAUUUCACGGAGGAGUUAGAAGAGGGCGCUGCAAACAGUAAGAAGGAGGAGCUGGAAGAUGAAUUACCACCUGUGUCUUUUCUUUCAUUAUUUAGGUAUUCCUCUGCCUGUGAUAAACUGUUGUUAUUUAUUGGCGCUACUGUAGCCAUCAUUUCUGGUUGUGCAUUGCCAGGAAUGACAAUAGUUUUGGGAAGUGUUUUCCAAGAAAUGAUUGAUUAUGAUAAGUCUAUUAAUAACAUUUCAAAUAAAAAUGUAACAAGAGAAGAUUUUUUAGAAAGUGCCACAUUGCUAUGCAUUUAUAAUGCAUCCAUUGGUGGUGUAAUGUUGAUUUGCAGUUACAUAUUUGUUUGUUCUUUUAACACAGCAGCAACUAAUCAAGCAUUUAGAAUCCGCUGCUUAUUUAUGUCCUCGAUUCUGAAACAAGACAUUGAGUGGUACGACACUCAUGAAACUGGUGAUUUUGCAAGUCGUAUAACUGGAGAUUUGACAAGAAUUCAAGAUGGCAUAGGAGAAAAAGCUGGAAUAUGCCUCAGCUUUUUGUCUAUUACCUUUCUAAGCUUGGGUGUUGGAUUGUAUUACGGAUGGAAGCUUGCUUUAGCGAUUCUUGCAAUAACUCCAGUAAAUGCGAUUGCUAUGGCUAUUGUGGCUAAGAUACAAUCAAGCGCAUCUCAAGAAGAAAUGAAAGCUUAUGGAUCAGCAGGUGCGGUAGCAGAAGAAGCAUUAUCGUCUAUCCGCACUGUCUCUGCGUUUGGAGGGGAAAUCAAAGAAAUUCAAAGGUAUGAAAAUCACUUAAUUCCUGCAAUGCAAAAAGGAAUCAAAAGGGGGCUGUGGACUGCAAUUGGAUCAAGCAUAAGUUGGUUUUCCAUAUUUGGAGGAUACGCUCUUGCCUUUUGGUAUGGUGUUCAACUAAUUAUUGAAGGUUAUGGUCAAGAAAAUCCCGAAUAUGAUGGAGGAGUUGUAAUUACUAUAUUUUUUAGUGUCAUGACAGCAUCUAUGUUCUUUGGUCAGACAGCGCCAUAUUUUGAAGCCUUUGCUCUAGCUAGAGGAGCUGCAGCUAAAAUAUUCGACAUUAUUGAAAGGAAACCGAUUAUUGAUAGCAGCUCCGAGGAUGGUCUGAAACCAGAUUACAUGAAUGGUGUUAUUAGUCUUAACAAUGUGACAUUUAGCUAUCCUGCAAGAAAAGAUGUCACAGUAUUAAAAGACAUGACUCUGGAGGUUGCUUCUGGAGAGACUGUAGCGUUAGUAGGAUGCAGUGGUUGCGGAAAGAGUACAAUUAUCCAACUCAUAUUGAGAUUUUAUGAUACUGAUUCUGGAAGUGUUCAUCUAGAUGGUAUUGAUGUUAAAGAUCUGAACGUUGGUUGGCUAAGAAAUCAUAUAGGCCUCGUUGGGCAAGAACCUGUCUUGUUUUCGACGACAAUAGCAGAAAAUAUUAAAUAUGGUAAAUUAGACGCUACGCAAGAAGAAAUUGAAAUUGCUGCCAAAAUUGCCAAUGCUCACAGCUUCAUUGAUACUUUACCAUUGAAAUACAAUACUCUGGUUGGAGAACGCGGAACUCAGCUGAGUGGUGGUCAGAAACAAAGAAUUGCUAUUGCUCGUGCCAUGAUCAAAAAUCCUAAAAUACUAUUACUGGAUGAAGCCACUUCAGCAUUGGAUACUGAGAGUGAAGCUAUAGUUCAAGCUGCUCUAGAUCAGGCUCGUAAAGGUCGUACAACUAUUAUUGUCGCUCACAGACUUUCUACCAUAAGAACUGCUGAUAAAAUUGCUGUUCUGGCUGAUGGACACAUAAAAGAAACUGGAACGCAUGAAGAAUUAAUGAAGAGAAAAGGUCUUUAUUAUCGGUUGGUUGUUACACAGAUUAAUAUAGAAGAGAAAGCUGAGGAAACGAAUGAUGAAAUAUCGCUUCUCGACGACAAAGUCAAUAACUUAAGUUUUGCAUUAGACAACAGCUUGGAAAGAUGCCUGUCUUCUGCCAACAUCACAAAACCUCAACCAUCAAGUGGUGUUGAUCGCCAAUUAUCUGUAGUCCGAACUUAUAGUCAUCAAAUAUCUGAUCACAGUGUUGAAAUGAAUAAACUGGAUGAAGAGGAAGAUGAGAAUGCGUCACCCCCUAAAUCUCGACUGCUUAAAAUUUCAGCACAUGAAUGGCCUUAUGCAUUAAUUGGAGGCAUAUCCGCACUAUUCAUGGGUUUACAUAUGCUCGCAGGCGGUAUCAUUUUAGGAUCUAUUUUAGGAGUUUUAUCAAAACCACUUGAUCAAAUUACUAAAGAAACUAACUUUUGGUGUCUCAUCUUUGUAUUGCUGGGGAUCACAGCUUUCGUGUUCUCGUUCCUUCAGGCAUUUAUGUUUUCUGUAGCUGGAGAAAAAUUAACUUCAAGACUAAGAAAAAUGGUGUUUGCCAACUUAAUUACACAAGAUAUGAGUUUUUUCGACGACUCUAAAAACAGUGUUGGUGCUCUUUGCUCUCGCCUGACAUCAGAUGCUUCACAAGUCCAAGGGGCUACCGGUGCCAGAAUGUCCACUUUAUUUCAAGCUCUUUCAACCUUUGUAUUUGGAGUAGUUCUCGCAUUGUGGUAUGAUCUGAGACUUGGUGGUGUAACAUUGGCUUUCAUGCCGUUCGUCUUUUUGGGAGCUUAUUUUGAUUCAUUAGUAAUGUCUGGUCAAAUGACAAGUGAAAAAACUGGAGCGGAAGAUGCAUCGAAGGUAGCAAUAGAAGCAAUAGAAAGCAUACGUACUGUUGCAUCUUUGCAUCAAGAAAAAAACUUUUACCUGCAGUUCUACAAUGCUUUAUUGAAACCUCUCAAAAACUCUCGGAAUAUGGCCCACUUAAGAGGAUUCAUUUAUGGUUUUGCCCAAGCGCUAAAUCCUCUUUCUUACUCUGCUGUUUUGUAUUAUGGAGCUGUACUAGUUGCUGAUAAAGAGCUGAAAUACGAUUCUUUGUUGAAUAAGUUUUAUUCUCUUCAUUUCACGCGAUUUAAGAAAACAAGCAAAAAGAUGAAAGUGGGCAACGUCGUUUCAAGAGUUGGCGAUGUGGAUUUAAAAAACAAUAAUGAUUUUCAAUGGCUUAUUUUUCAAUCUAACUACUGCUCAUUUCUUAGAAACUCUCGGAAUAUGGCCCACUUAAGAGGAUUCAUUUAUGGUUUUGCCCAAGCGCUAAAUCCUCUUUCUUACUCUGCUGUUUUGUAUUAUGGAGCUGUACUAGUUGCUGAUAAAGAGCUGAAAUACGAUUCUUUGUUGAAAGUGCUCGAAGGAGUUUUAAUGGGGAUGAUGUUUGUUGGACAAGCAAUGUCAUUUGCUCCAGAUUACAAUAGAGCUAAGCUAGCCGCUGUUAGAAUAUUUAAACUUCUUGAUGUAGAACCUAGAAUAGAUUCUCUAUCAGUACAUGGAAAAAUUCUGAAUGAAGUUAAAGGAUAUGUUGAUUUUCGAAAAGUGUACUUUAAUUAUCCAAGUCGACCUAAUACAAGAAUAUUGAGAGGACUUGAAUUGAGUAUUAAACCUGGGAAGACGGUGGCUCUUGUGGGCAGUAGUGGAUGCGGUAAAAGUACUUGUGUACAAUUAAUCGAACGUUUUUACGACCCUUUACAAGGGAAUGUGGUAUUUGACGAAGAAAACGUUUCAGAUUUGCAAGUGGCUAACCUCCGAUCUCACAUCGGCCUUGUAUCACAAGAACCUGUCUUAUUCAGUUACAGUAUAGCUGAGAACAUAGCAUACGGGGACAAUUCUAGAACAGUUGAAAUGCAAGAAAUUAUAGAAGCAGCACGUCAAGCCAAUAUACAUACCUUCAUUUCUUCAUUGCCUCAGGGAUACGACACUCCAGUUGGUGACAAAGGCACGCAAUUAAGUGGCGGCCAAAAGCAGAGAGUGGCUAUUGCUCGAGCCCUGUUAAGAAAUCCCAAAAUAUUACUUCUUGACGAAGCAACUUCUGCCCUUGAUGCAGAAAGUGAAAAG